GGAGACACCUCCGUCACCUAUGAAGGUGUAUGCCAACUCCUCAUCCAGCCUGGGUGGGGCCAUGCUCCCCAACACCCCCUGCAGCUCCACGCCAAGCCCCAGGGGGCAGACAGGGAGGUACGGCAGGCCAAGGCGGAGGGGCUCAUCUCCUAUAUCACGGUGUGGAAGCCCCAGGCGGUGCUGAUUUUUCGAGGUGUCCGUGACCGCGUGGUCAUCACCUUCCCCCAUGAGGUCCACUCCCUGAAGUCCAGCCGCUUCUACAUCGCCCUGCGUGGUGUAGGCACCGAGGAGAGACGGGGCGAGUCCCAGGGCCUGCUCUUCCUCCGCCUGGACCAGGCUCACAUCGACCUGUUCAUUGUCUUCUCUGUUUUCUUCUCCUGCUUCUUCCUCUCCGUCUGCGUCCUCCUCUGGAAGAUCAAGCAGUUCAUGGACUUCCGCCGAGAGCAGAGGUGUCAUAUCCAGGAAAUGACCAAGAUGGCAUCCAGGCCCUUCGCCAAGCUCAUUGUCUAUUUGGAGCCAGAGGAGCCCCAGCUCAUCUACCUGCCCUCCACAGAGGGGCAUUGUCGUUGGCAAGGCAGGCUGGGGGGCAUUGUAGUUGGUUAG